AAUAUACUUCCAUCCCACCUCUCUUCUCCUCCACAAUAACUGCCCGCGUCAAGAAUUUACAGGUCCAUCGUCUCUCUCUCUUGAAUCUUCGUCUCUAUCCUUCUCCUUUUCGCGUCCGAUCUUUCCCUCUCUCCUUCGGUCUGUGUAUGGCAGUAACGCUGUUAUCGAAUGAGGUUUUGGAUUUGUGCCUUGGCAAGCCUGCGCUUCGAUCGCUCUCUGUCACCGACACCGUCGCCGACGCGCUCUGCGUUCUGAAGAGGCUUGGCGAUAGCUGCAUCAGCGUCUGGAGCUGCCACCACUCGUCGGAAUCCGUUGAUUCAACGAAUCGUAACGUAGAAGGAGGCGCGGCGGCGGCGGCGGCGGAUUGCCAAUGUAUCGGUAAGGUUUGCAUGGUCGAUAUCAUUUGCUUCAUUUGUCAACCCGAGAAUCUCUUGUCACCUGCUCAGGCGCUUCAGUCUCCCAUCUCUGUUCUGAUCCCGAAGACUUCGUUGCUUGUGAGGCAUUUGGACCCCAAUGCCAGGUUGCUGGAUGCCAUAGAUCUUAUCCUUGAAGGGGCACAGAACCUGGUUAUACCAAUUCCGGAGCCCAAAUCCGGAAGGAAGAAGCUUCUCGAAAAGAAAUCGUCCUUGGACCCCACCUUCCACAACAAUGAUCGCAGGUACUGCUGGCUCACCCAAGAGGACGUGAUUCGCUACCUCCUCAACUCCAUUGGUCUGUUUUCUCCCACACACAGCGAACCCAUCAACUCGCUCGGCGUAAUAGACACCAAAAACCUCCUCACUGUAAACUACGACGACCCUGCAUCCUCUGCUUUGAGCCUCAUCGAAGAGUCCCUCAUCCGCCAGAGCUCAGUGGCCAUUGUUAAUCCAGAGGGCCAGUUGAUUGGUGAGAUCUCACCCUUUCACCUGAAUUCCUGCAACGAGACAGCGGCGGCAGCGAUGGCCACGCUCUCUGCCGGCGAUCUGAUGGCCUACAUUGACUGCGGUGGCCCACCGGAUGACCUGGUGCAACUGGUUAAAGAGAGGCUGGAAGAGCAGAAUCUUAUGGGUACUUUGGAGUUGAUGGAGGAAGAAUCAGGGCCGUCUCUGACUUCUUGGUCAUCAUUUACAUCAACUUCCUCUGAUGAAGAUGGUUUGAGCUCAGGGAAGAAUGGGAAGCAUGGAGGGUACUCUGCUAGGGUGGUGAGGAGGUCGGAGGGCACCGUUUGUUACCCAUGGAGCUCGUUGGUGGCUGUGAUGAUCCAGGCUCUUGCUCACCGUGUAAGUUACGUGUGGGUUGUUGAUGAAGAUGGAACCUUGACCGGGAUUGUCACGUUUUCAGCUAUGUUGAAAGUUUUCAGAGAACACUUCAAAGUCAUGGGUUAAGGCGGCAAAAAAGGACUAAAGUGAAGAUAAACACGAGCAAAAGCAAACUUGAUAUUGAACGCUGAAGAUGUGGCCACCAAACUUAAGAUUAUGUCAUUUUGAUUAAAAAAACUGUUAUGAAUACCCAUUGCCUGCCUUACCUGGGUGAUACCCAGCAGGAUUUAGGUCAGAAUUUUGAAACUACGAAUAGAAAUGGCAUCGGAUCUUAUUAAUACGUAAAUGAAAUGUAAGAUGCAUUAUGUGGAAUUCUUUAACAAGUUAUCUACUAAAAUACAGUAUAAUGUGAUCAUAAAUUAUUUUAUCGGAUGCAAUGAA